CAUUAGGACUUCAACCAUGUGUGGCUUCAAAGGGAAAAAGUGUGCAUCUCUAAUCCGAGGCUUGAUUCUGUGGCUUUUGUUGACAAACAUCAUGUUGGUGCUCUACUGCUUCACGAACCCGACUCAGGGGCAGAAUCAAGGGAAGAUCGGGAGCUCCAGGGAAGACACAUGUCCACUCAGCAUGGCGAAGUUAUCGAGGAAAAAUGUGACUGCACCUUCUCAACGCACCAAAGCCCAGUCAGAGGAGUGCUCCCCUGCAGUUAAUGUCAUGUUCAUGAAGACCCAUAAAACUGCCAGCAGCACUAUACUCAACAUCAUAUUCAGAUUUGGAGAAAAGCACAAGCUCAAGUUUGCGUUCCCUGAAAGGCGCAAUGACUUCUUCUACCCGUCACCUUUCCUGUCCUCUCAGGUGAAGGAUUACAGGCCUGGAGACUGUUUCAAUAUUGUCUGUAACCACAUGCGCUUUGACCGGCAAGAAGUAGCCAAGCUUCUGCCUCCUGACACGUUGUACGUCACCAUCCUACGAAACCCGGUGGAUCUCUUUGAGUCUUCCUUCCACUAUUACCACAGAAUGGUUCCUCUAACGUGGAGGAUCGGAGGAGAGAACAAACUGGUGGAGUUUCUUGACAAUCCUCAGACCUUCUACAGCCCAGAGGCUUACAACUCAUUCUAUCUUAAAAAUCUGCUCUUUUUUGAUUUUGGUCUUGAUAACAACGUUGAAGCUGAUGACCCUCGUGUCAUGAGUAGUAUUCAUAGCUUAUCCAGGUACUUUGAUUUGGUGCUCAUAGCAGAAUACUUUGAGGAGUCUCUAAUCCUGCUGAAGGAUAAACUCUGCUGGACCAUAGAAGACAUUGUAUAUUUUAAACUAAAUGCUCGCAAAACCUCGUCUGUAUCUCAGUUGACUCCUGAAUACAGAGCCAAAGCUUUGGUGUGGAACAAGGCUGACUGGAGGCUCUAUCAGCACUUCAAUGCCACCUUCUGGGCCAAAGUAGAGUCAUAUGGGAGAGCGAGAAUGACACGAGAGGUGAACGAGCUGAGGAGAAGAAACGCAGAGAUGGAAUCCAUCUGCAUCGACGGAGGAAAUGCAGUCGAAGCCCAAAAGAUCCAGGACAGACGUUUCCAGCCCUGGCAGCCUGUUGGAGAGUCGUCCAUUCUGGGGUAUAACAUGAAGGAUAAUAUCAAUCCCCAAUUCAGAACCAUUUGUGAGAGAAUGCUCACGCCUGAAAUACAGUACUUAUCACACUUGGGCGUAAGUCUGUGGGUUACUCAACUAUGGGGUUGGUUAAAAGAUACAGUUUUUACAGUUUUUACUUGAACUGACACAUUUGCGACAUGAUUCUUACAAAUUACAGUUUGCAAGUUUUCGCCUGGCUGUUACCUUAGACAAAUACCUCUUUGAAUGCAGUGAUUGUGUCACAACCAGGAAGGUCAUACAUCUUAAUACUGUAUAAUGAUCAUCUGUUAGGUAUGAACACUCAUAUUUUUAUUUGUUGUGCCUAAAUUGGUAAAACGUCUUUCUUCCUUUUGGUGAGAUCGGGGAUAUGUGUGUGACAGCUACCAAUGAGCCAUCAGAUGUGGAAGUGUCGAUGUCAAAAGGACAGACAGGAAGUAUUAGUGUGCCAUCUAGAGGUUGUAGACUUAGGAGCAUUUUUUUAUUAAGCUAAGCAUUUGAACAGAAUGACCUGAACUGUGUUGAUAUUGCCAGCAGUAUAAAUGGUUUGUAAAAGCAAAGCAAAAAAAAGUCUUCUUCUCUUACAUAACUGUUUGUCACCUUUUACCAACGUUUAUCCUCCAUUGACUCUGUAACAACAUUGCCUAUUUGAAUGUUUGAUCGAUUCAUCGAUGAUUUUAAUAUAGUAACUGUCGGGGUGCAGGAUUAUAGCUGAUAUAGCAUGUGUACUGUAAAGUCAACAUAUAUACAGUAGUAUCAUUAUUUAUUUUAAAUAAUAUUUUUUGUAGUGUAGCAGAUGCGAGUGAAAUCCUGUCGUCCUGUAUACCUUGUAAAUGUGAACGUUUUCGUAUUUUCAUUUUUAUAAUAACAGUGAUAACAGUGGCAGUGUCAACCAAAACCAGCCUGGAGCCUUUUGCUGCUCUUCUUACAGUGUUUUCUUUUUUUUGUCUUUGCAGCUCAGUUUGCUAAUGCUGCUCCUCAAGAUCAUGUAAAAAGAGUGGAAUGACAUUUGUUACAAUUUAUUCAUAAUUUAUAACAUUUAUAUAAUUUCUUGCAUGCAUGUCUGUACAAUCACAGUGAACUCCCUUCAGUUUACUUGUUCUGUUGGAAAGAGAUACAUGACUGUUCAUUGUGACAAAUUAAGUAAUUUUUGCCUGAAAAUCUGAUCUGUAUCUGGUGAAAUAAUUUAGUUUGAGUAAAUACCUGCCACAUAGCGGUGUUUGCACUGGAAUUUAAAAUGUGCAUUUCAUAAACUACUCUUAUUUAUUAGUACCAGAUAUGAGAAUGAUGAUUCGGUACAUAUACAAGUAGACAUAAGCAUGAAAACCAUACAUGUCCCUUUACCACAACGGCUUUGUCAAAUUUUAUGUUUUUAAAUAAUAAUAAACUGAUAUAUACGUAUUGUACCGGCUAAU